CGACCAGGGGCGCCGGGGAGGAGAAGCGAGAAGGAACUCGGGCACUGUCCGAGCCCUGCCCAUCCCCGAGGACGGGGCUCCGGACGGGUUUUUCCUACUUCGCGGAGCGGCUGGUAACUAGCACCAACGUUCUCCACUUGGCUCUGUAGCUGCGAGGAAUGGCUAUGGAAGAUCCUGACAAGACUGAAGUGGUACUGCUGGCCUGUGGGUCCUUCAACCCCAUCACCAACAUGCAUCUAAGGCUGUUUGAGCUGGCUAAGGACUACUUUCAUGAAACAGGAAAAUACAAAGUAAUCAAAGGAAUCAUUUCACCAGUAGGUGAUGCGUAUAAGAAGAAGGGUCUGAUCAGUGCGACUCACCGAGUAACUAUGGCAAAAUUAGCUACAAAAAACUCGGAUUGGGUGGAAGUUGAUGAUUGGGAAAGCAGCCAGAGUGAGUGGUUGGAAACACUAAAAGUUUUAAGGUACCAUCAUCAAAAGCUCUUAUCUCCUGAUGCCACUAAUAGUCUGCAGAAUGCUAUACCUUUAACAAAGCCAGGACGGAAGAGGAAACAGGAACCAAAUAGGCAUGAUCCAGUUAAAAAGAAAAAUCAGAGUCCAGAUAUAAAAAGCGUCCCACAGGUUAAACUGCUUUGUGGAAGUGACAUGCUGGAAUCUUUUGGGAUCCCCAAUCUGUGGAAGUUGGAGGACAUCACUGAAAUUGUGAAAAAUUAUGGCCUUGUAUGCAUCAGUAGGGCUGGAAGCAGCGUUCAGAAAUUCAUCUAUGAAUCUGAUAUUUUGUGGAGACAUAAGAAUAACAUUCACCUUGUGGAAGAAUGGAUCACAAAUGACAUCUCCUCCACCAAGAUUAGGAGAGCACUGCGGAGGGGCCAGAGCAUUCGUUACCUAGUACCUGAUGUAGUUCAAGCAUACAUAGAAAAAAAUAAUCUCUAUAGUCCAGAAAGUGAAGACAGGAAUGCUGGGGUUGUCUUGGCUCCUUUACAGAAACAUGCAAGUGAUUCCAAGAACUAACAGGCACUAUACAAUUAACUUACUUUCUGCUAUGAAAAAACCUACAGUUCAGUACAGGAAAAUGUGUUUUUUGGGGGUUGGCUUUUUGGGUUUGUUUGUUUGUUUGUUUUUUAAGUAAACAGUGGGCUAAUUCUGUGGCUUUAGUACAUAUGUAGUUGCUGUUGAGGUUUGGUGCACUCAAUAACUGGACCUACACAAUUUUUUUUAAACCCAUCAAUAACAUUUUCACAUUUAAACAUUUUUUCACAGUGCAGUGAACUAAGCACAAGAAUUCACACUUGCAUGUGAGAAUUAACAAACAAAAAAAAUGAAAAUGUUAUGAUUUGUUUUAACUCAGACUGCUCUGACUGCUAUUUAUAAAAUACCAACACAAAUAUUUUUACUAACUUAUAGUGUCUUAACAGACAAAGCCAUUUAAUUUCAAAAUGGUCCACUUACUGAUCAUAAAUCUACAUAACUCAUUUUUUAAAGAAUUGCCAACAUGUGGUGCAUUUCAAAGAAAUUAUUUAGAUCUAUCCUGAAAAGGAAAAAUUUACUCCUGGCUGAAGUGGUGCUAGAUAUACCAUGCUUUGAGUUGCCUGCCUUUCAAAUACUUAGGUUUUCAUCUGCCAUCAUGCAGUUUGCUCCCAGAAAUGCCUUGUGCUUUACUUUUCCACUCAUGUUUCCAGAGAUGUACAUUAAGUUCUGCACAGUUUCUCGUGGACAGACAGACCUACCUCAGAAACUGGUUUAUAGCCAUUGAUUUAAUGGAUAGAAAUUAAUAAUAGUAUCGUUGCACUGAUUCUCAGACAGUUGUCCCUUUAUUUCAAAUAAUAAAUGAGCUUUUACAUUUGAGCCACAUGUAUAUAGCCAGAAUUGUUUUCUGUAACGAGUUGAGAAGAAAUGGUAGGAUAUUAAGACUGUACAAAAGUGAAAUGUUUUUCUUUGGAAGAAAUCUGGUUUUGAAUCUAACAGCAUAUUGUCUGUAUUAUGUGAAUAUAAACUAGAGAGGCACUGUGAACGUCAUAGUGAUAGAAUUCUACCUCCCUUUAUUUGCUGUCAUCCCAUUUGUGUUUGAAUUAUGUGCCUUAUUAAAAAUGCCAAGGUUUCCAAGAUGCUACCUAAUGGGUCAACUUUUUUCAUACUAUCUCCACAAGAUGACUCUGUUCACAUUUUUGACAUCAACAAAUCCAGCAGAAUGUAAGACUCUCAGGGCAGGAAGCCUAAAUGUUUCUUGUUGGGCAAGCCUAGAACCAGGGACAUGUUCCAGGAUCAUAACUGUGACAGACAGUCAUCCCCCUUCCCUGGGCAGGGGAUCCCCAAAGAGCUGAGGCAGAGGUGUAGGCCUCCCUAGGAGCUUAGCGGGAGUCUGUAAGCCAGAAGCCAAACACAGACCAUCACAGGUGUCCCCAGGGCCAAUGAAAAUAUAUUAAUAUUUUUUUAUAUGAAUAAAACCGAGCAGGGGAGUUAAAACACCAUUGGGGAAGACCUGUAACGCGCAGUGGAGCUAGCAAACUUGGAGCCCCACAUAAAAUUCUGCAAUUACAAUACACUAGAACAUCCAUGUUCUACUAGCUCCAGGCUGUAAAGGUGACUGUCUACAGAGAAUUGCCAAUGAGAUUACUGUAAUAAAAUCAAGUCACAACUUAGAAGUGCAUCUGUAACUGCACUGUGACAAAGAGUAUCAAGGAUUCUUAUUUUUUUUUGUUGGUGAUUCCUACAUCAAAUGUGCUCAGUCUGCCAUUUUUUCCCCUAGAGCUCAGGCAAGCUUACAUGUUCCUUUGAUAAUGAGGCUUUAUCAUCAUUUAUCAUCAAUAGUAAUAAAGGUACCAAAGCGAAGAAUAAUUUAUACCCCCUGUGACACUUUAGCAAUCAAACUGCCAUAACUGAUUGAAGAUAACUAUUACUGAUGGACAAGAUCUACUUUUCUUUUUUGCUCGCUGUCUGUCUUUAUGACUGACAAGAAUAGAGGGCAAGCAAGAUUUAUUUUCAGGGCUCAAGUCAAUCAGUGUGCUUCUGAAUAAACAAGAGCCGAUCUUUCUAAUGGGAAAGCACCCUAUUUAUGUGGCCACCUUUCAGAGUAAAACUGCACUUUAAGUCUAGGUUUAUUCUUCUAAAUAAUGAUGCUGGUGUGUGUUGGUGCGCUUUGUGUAAAUUCUAGAGAAACUACAAAGUCAAUAGGAUGUUUUAUAAAGGUUCGGUCUGUUAUAUUUCACUGGGUUUUAAUGCAGUUAUGUGUGAUGGGUCUUUCAAUAAAAUCAAUUGCAUGUAAUAUGCUAAUUUUAGUCAUCUUGUUAUUAACCAAAUCUGAU